AUGUCAUUUGAGAAUGCAAUGGGAGAUUUGAAUCUCCCGCUGCCCGACUGUGACCUAGUUGCUGCUAGGAAUUAUAGCUUGGAUAAAUUAAGCACGCUCAAGGAACGGAUCGAACGAUCAUUAGAUAUGUUGUUUACUCGGCUGAAGUCUUUACAUGUGGACAUGGACACCAAGUUAUUAACAGAGGAUGGAUUUCCUAGGAGUGAUAUAGAUGUUAUUCAGACACGUUUGGUAAGGGUACAGAUCAUUCGCCUACGUAAUGAUCUUAAAGAAGUUAUUGAUAUCGUCGAUUUCAAAAUCAAGGAUAUGUUCCAAGAGAUAAAAUUAAAAACCAAUAAAGUUGAUCCCGAAAACAGGGGCGCUAAAUGGAAUUGCAAACAACUCAUUUCUUUCGCCAUUGUUGAGGAAGUUGAACCCAAUAGUCCUGCUGCAAAGGCAGGGCUUAAAUCCGGCGAUAAAAUCUUGAGUUUUGGACAUAUUAAUGUAACAAAUCAUAAGCACCUACAAAGCGUGGCAACCGUGGUCAAAAGCAACAUCGAUCGCACUAUAGAAAUUGUUGUUGAAAGAAAUGAGGCAAACAGUCCCAGAGUGUCAUUAAAACUUUCUCCGAGUACAAGUUGGGGUGGAAAGGGGUUAUUGGGUUGCAAAAUAACCGAAAUUAAAUGA